UUCCUGGGAGUUGGUGAUUGUCUUUGAAGAAACAUGAAGUCACACUCUGUUAUGCUUACUGUAGCCAUCCUGGUGUUCCUGACAUGGGUCCCCGUGUCACUGAGUUGUAACAAAGCACUCUGUGCUAGUGAUGUGAGCAAAUGCCUCAUUCAGGAGCUCUGCCAGUGCCGACCUGGAGAAGGAAAUUGUUCCUGCUGUAAGGAGUGUAUGCUGUGUCUUGGGACGCUUUGGGAUGAGUGCUGUGACUGUGUUGGUAUGUGUAAUCCUCGAAACUACAGUGACACGCCUCCAACUUCAAAGAGCACAGUGGAGGAGCUUCAUGAACCCAUCCCUUCUCUCUUCCGGGCACUCACAGAAGGAGACACUCAGUUGAACUGGAACAUUGUUUCCUUCCCUGUUGCAGAAGAACUUUCACAUCAUGAGAAUCUUGUUUCAUUUUUAGAAACUGUGAACCAGCCACACCACCAAAAUGUGUCUGUUCCCAGCAAUAAUGUUCAUGCACCUUAUUCCAGUGACAAAGAACACAUGUGUACUGUGGUUUAUUUUGAUGACUGCAUGUCCAUACAUCAGUGUAAAAUAUCCUGCGAGUCCAUGGGGGCAUCCAAAUAUCGCUGGUUCCAUAACGCCUGCUGUGAGUGCAUUGGUCCAGAGUGUAUCGACUAUGGUAGUAAAACUGUCAAAUGUAUGAACUGCAUGUUUUAGAGAAGGAAAUGGUAUGCACACCAAAGCAAUUUAGUCAAGGGUAUGAAAAG